AAAUUUGGGGAAUGGCCGAGGAAAGCCGCAUCUUCUCCAAGUAUGUCAUGACGGUUGUACCAUUCAUAGACUUGCAGGGCCGCGAAGAUAGGAAAGAUGCCGUCGCUUGUUUUCGCUUAUUUCGUCCGAGUCGGGUUCAAAUGGGUCUGCAGUAGUGUCCGGUGUCCUAAACAUUGUUUCCGGGGGACUCGACGGUAGUCUUAUGGGGUGGUCACACUGAACUUCACCUCGACUUCAAUGACCUCGCUACGUCUUAUAAACAGCGUUGCAUCCAAGCGAUAUUUAAGACCCUCGCCCAUAUCAUGGCGUGCCUAUGCAACGCCUGCAACUUUUAAACCCCAAGAAAAAGACCCUCAACUUGGCGAUUACCCUAACCUUCCAUGGGUUUCUGACCAGGAACGUCCUGCUAGAGGCUGGUGGGAUCAACAGAUGCGACGGAACUUCGGUGACCCGAUACACGAAUACGAUGAAGUCCUGUCCAUGUGGGGGCCUGAUGCUCCCCCGAUUCCUCCGCACAAGGCUUUGUUCCAGCUUUCGCUCGCCUUCUCAGCAUUCAUUGGCUUUGGUUUCCUAUGCAAGUACGCGCUCGUUCCAGAGAGGCCAACGGUAGCCCGGGAAUACCCGUACUCCGGUCUUGUACGUGAACUUGGCGGACUUGAAGAAAACAAGGCUAGAGAAGAGACUGAAGAGAUCGACGAGUAAUAUUGCGGUGUACCUAGAACUCGCGUUUCUUAUCCGGGAGAAUUUCACUCUCACGCAUUUUGCUGUUUGCAUGAUGAGUCUGCCACAUAUUCGCUACCGUUAAGUCAC